AUGGCUUCCCUGUUAUUCACCCUGCUUUUUGGACUCGCUGCCGGCCAGGAGGAAGCCACCAAUUACUACUACGGGCCCACGACGGGUCCCCAAGCGUCCGCAGUCUCUUGCAACGCUGAAUGGGUUGAAUACGCUGGUCGGUCCGAGGGCCUAUGGUCUCUAGGCUCGACUUCCACGAGCACCUCGCUCGGUUCCUACGCCACCAGCGAGGGCGCCUGCCGUACCUCUAUUUCAUUAGAAGCAUGGUCCGACACGCAUACGGGCUCUCUGACCACUCUUUGUGAUGGGAUUCCGCGUGCCCUAGGGCCUCGCGAAACGGCCACCCAAUACUACCCCGGAACCGGUCCUUGCAUUACAGGAUAUAGGACCUUCACGAACACAGAGACCUUCUAUCGAGAGCCGUCCUCGACCCCACAGUGCACCCUCCAAACAAGCGAGUGUAUCCCAAUUUGGCAAACCUGGUCUAGCCUGUCUAGCUCCUGGCGCGACUCCAUCGUGACCUCUGUACCUGGCGACACCAACAGUCCUAUUCGCCCUGCGGACUGUCCCCAGACGAGUCGCGAGUACCCCGAAGAAAAUCCUUGCUCCAACUGUCAUUUUCUCCCUGCCACCGCGACCCUCUUCUACUGGCCCACUACUACCGCCGACGGCGAUCUCUGUCUGCAGAACGGAACCACCGUCCCUGCGUCGGGACUCAGCACAGCUGUAGUCAAUGGCGCCACCUUCACCUCCCCAUCGAUCUAUGUAUCCUUUACAUCGAUCUACGCUUGGAGCAAUCGUCGUGGUCACGCAGGAUACCAAUGCGGCGUGGAUCACAGCAACGUCGUCAUCUCGGUUAAUCCAAAAACCGUAUCCUCCGUCCGCCACCAUCGAAACGCCAAAUACCCGACUAUUGGAACAGCAUAUCCAUUCAACUUUGCCGAGCUCAUGCCCCAAGAAAUCGGGAAUUAUACACAGUCGCUCAUCCCAUGGCCACAGUUCCGCGGUGGCCAGCAAUGCCCGUUAGCGGAUGUAAAUACCUGCUCUAUUAUCCGUGACAAUUAUACUCCUUGGCUGCUGCUUCCGGAGGAGGUCCGCGGAGUUGACCCCAGCUGGACAGUGUGUGACCGCGAUUGGUAUAUUCCGCCCGUGACGAUGGUAGCACUCGAUCGCGAGACGAUCACCGUCACAUCGACGCCUGAACCGACUGAGCAGUUUUUGGCGGCGGCUGUACCUGAAGCCGCAUUGGCAGCGGCGACACCGGAGGCCACUUCGAGGGGAUGGUAA